AUGGUAAUUGAGAACCUUUUGUUUAUGCUUCCUGGCCAUAAGGUCCCCCAGGACUUGGAUGCAAUAGUGGUAGGCAGUGGGAUUGGUGGAUUGGCAAUUGCUGUCCUGUUGGCUAAAGUUGGUAAGAAGGUUCUGGUUCUGGAGCAACAUGACCGGGCUGGAGGAUGCUGUCACACCUUCACAGAGCAAGGCUUUGAGUUUGAUGUUGGUAUCCACUAUAUAGGGGAACUGCUGGAUCACAAGCCAUUUCGCUGUGUGAUUGACCAGUUGACCAAUGGGCAGCUGCAGUGGGUGCCACUGGAUAAUCCCUAUGAUAAAGUGAUCCUGGGUCCACCAGAAAAUCUGCGCAUAUACCCCAUCUACAGUGGACGAAAACGCUACAUGGACGAACUGAAGAAGUGCUUCCCAGGGGAGGAAAAGGCCAUUGAUGAAUAUGUGAGACUUUCCAAGAAAGUUGGGAAUGGUGUGUGGUUCAUGGUUCUGCUGAAGCUCCUCCCGAUUCCUCUGGCAAAGUUCCUGGUGCACACAGGCCUGGCCAAAUGCCUCUCUACCUUCUUCCGCUAUGCCUCCCGCAGCCUGACGGAUGUGGUGAAUGAGCUCACACAGAAUAAGGACCUGAGAGCUGUGUUGUGCUACAUCUUUGGGACCUACGGUAAAAUGCCCAAAGAAGCAAGCUUUUCCAUGCACAGUUUGCUUGUGUGCCACUACAUGAAUGGUGCCUGGUUCCCAAAGGGUGGCGCUAGUGAGAUCGCCUACCACAUGAUCCCCAUCAUUGAGAAGGCAGGAGGUGCUGUGCUUUUUAGAGCACCUGUCAACCGUAUACUCCUCAACGACGCUAAAGAGGCUAUUGGUGUGAGUGUUCUGAAGGGUCAGGAGGAGGUGCAUGUACACGCUCCCAUAGUGAUUUCAGAUGCUGGAAUCUUUAAUACAUACCAGCAUCUCCUGCCUAAAGAUGUGCAGACUAUGCCUGCGAUCCAGAAACAGUUGAGUAUGGUGCAGCAUGGAGAUGGUGGUCUCAGUAUUUUCAUUGGUUUGGAUGGGACAAAGGAGGAGCUGGGCCUAAAAGCAGACAAUUUCUUUAUCUUCCCUGACAACAAUUUGGAUGAGCUGAUGGAGGGUUACAUGAAGGGGAGCAGGGAAGAAUCUUCUAAAAGUGUUCCUGUGAUUUUUGUGGCCUCUCCCUCUGCCAAAGACCCAACUUGGCCAGAAAGAAAACCAGGUAAAUCCACCGUGACUGUUGUUAGCUUUGCUAACUAUGAAUGGUUUGAAGAGUGGAAAGAUGACAAAGUGAAGAACAGAAGCACAGAUUAUAAGGAGCUGAAGCAGGCGUUCAUCAAUAACAUAUUAGAAGCAGUGACUGAGAUCUUUCCUAAGAUCAAGGACAGGAUUGAAUAUGUGGAUGCAGGCACCCCAAUCACGAAUCAGCAUUACAUUGGUGCUCCUAAAGGAGAGAUCUAUGGAGUCGAUCAUGGAAUUCCUCGCUUCAACACUGAACUAAAUGCCAUCAUCAGACCACAGACACCCAUUAAAAACCUCUUCCUCACAGGUCAGGAUAUGAUGUUGUGUGGUUUUGCUGGAGCAUUGGCAGGAGCGCUCACGUGUGGUUCUGUCAUCCUGAACCGUAAUCUUCAUCUAGAUUCCAUCGGUCUUGCCAGAAAAGUCAAGAAUUGCAACAACAAGAAGAAAGAAUAAGUAUCAGUAACACGUAACCUUCAUAAUCAUUCAGAUGUGCAUAUAUAUGUUAGAUAUGGCUCCGGAGAAGAACAGAGGGAGGAUCUGUGUGAUUUAUUAAAAAAUUAACCACUGCACAACCUAACAGUAAUGCAGAGUUAACCAAGUGCCUUACUGGUUUAAAACUUUCAAAAUUUCAAAUCUACUUUUAAAGGGAAACAAAUCAGAUUCAGUUAAAUGUUUUUACUGUAAUCAAGUUUUUUUUUUUU